AUGCCGCGCUCGCGGGGACGGGAGCUGGGGCGUUGCGGCUGCCCCGCUGGGAGGGCUGGCGGCGGCCAAGCCGGGGUGUCCGCGCUCGCUGGGAGCCGCUGGGGCCGCCCGUCGCCGCCUCUGCCGCCGCCGCUGCUGCUGCCGCUGCUGCUGCUGCUGCUGAGCUGGGGCUUGCUCGGUGUCUCGGCCGCCGCGGGCCAGAACUGCACAUUCCAACUGCAAGGUCCUAAUGGGACAGUGGAGAGUCCUGGGUUCCCAUAUGGCUACCCCAAUUAUGCCAACUGCACGUGGACCAUCACUGCAGAGGCCCAGCACAGGAUCCAGCUUGUAUUCCAGUCCUUCGCCCUAGAGGAGGACUUCGAUGUCUUAUCCGUGUUUGAUGGCCCACCUGAACCAGAGAACCUGCGAACCAGACUCACAGGCUUUCAGCUGCCAGCCACCAUCGUCAGUGCGGCCACUACGCUGUCUCUGCGUCUCAUCAGUGACUACGCAGUCAGUGCGCAGGGUUUCCAUGCCAGCUAUGAAGUUCUCCCCAGUCACACGUGUGGGAACCCGGGGCGCCUGGCCAAUGGCAUCCAGCAGGGCUCCACCUUCAAUCUGGGGGACAAGGUGCGCUACAGCUGCAAUCCCGGCUUCUUCCUGGAGGGCCACGCCGUGCUCACCUGCCAUGCCGCCUCUGAGAACAGCGCCACGUGGGACUUCCCGCUGCCCUCCUGUCGAGCGGAUGAUGCGUGUGGUGGGACCCUGCGGGGCCAGAGUGGCAUCAUCGCCAGCCCCCACUUUCCUUCGGAGUACCAGAACAAUGCUGACUGCACAUGGACCAUCCUAGCUGAGCUGGGGGACACCAUCGCCUUGGUUUUCAUUGACUUCCAGCUGGAAGAUGGCUAUGACUUUCUGGAAGUCACAGGCACUGAAGGCUCCUCCCUCUGGUUCACUGGAGCCAGCCUCCCAGCCCCCGUCAUCAGCAGCAAGAACUGGCUGCGGCUACACUUCACAUCGGAUGGCAACCAUCGGCAGCGUGGCUUCAGUGCCCAGUACCAAGUCAAGAAGCAAAUUGAGUUGAAGUCCCGAGGUGUGAAGCUGAUGCCCAGCAAAGACAAUAACCAGAAGACAUCUGUAUUAACUCAGGUUGGUGUGUCGCAAGGGCAUAAUAUGUGUCCAGACCCUGGCAUACCUGAAAGGGGAAAAAGACUAGGCUCGGAUUUCAGAUUAGGAUCCAGCGUCCAGUUCACCUGCAACGAGGGCUACGACCUGCAAGGGUCCAAGCGGAUCACCUGUAUGAAAGUGAGCGACAUGUUUGCGGCCUGGAGCGACCACAGGCCUGUGUGCCGAGCCCGCAUGUGUGAUGCCCACCUUCGAGGUCCCUCGGGCAUCAUCACCUCCCCCAAUUUCCCCAUUCAGUACGACAACAAUGCGCAUUGUGUGUGGAUCAUCACGGCACUCAACCCUGCCAAGGUGAUCAAGCUUGCCUUUGAGGAAUUUGACUUGGAGAGAGGCUAUGACACCCUGACAGUUGGGGAUGGAGGGCAGGACGGGGACCAGAAAACUGUCCUCUACAUCCUGACAGGUACGUCAGUCCCAGAUCUCAUUGUCAGCACCCACCAUCAGAUGUGGCUCCUCUUCCAGACAGACAGCAGUGGCAGCUCCCUCGGAUUCAAGGCUUCUUAUGAAGAGAUUGAGCAGGGCAGCUGCGGCGAUCCUGGAGUCCCUGCCUACGGCCGGAGGGAAGGCUCCCGGUUUCAUCACGGGGACACACUGACAUUUGAAUGCCAACCUGCCUUUGAGCUGGUGGGGCAGAAGGCAAUCACGUGCCAAAAGAAUAACCAGUGGUCGGCUAAGAAGCCAGGCUGUGUGUUUUCCUGCUUCUUCAAUUUUACCAGCCCCUCAGGGGUUGUCCUGUCCCCCAACUACCCAGAGGACUACGGCAACCAUCUGCACUGUGUCUGGCUCAUCCUGGCCCGACCUGAGAGCCGCAUACACCUGGCCUUCAACGACAUUGACGUGGAGCCUCAGUUUGACUUUCUGGUCAUCAAGGAUGGGGCCACUGCUGAGGCUCCUGUCCUGGGCACCUUCUCAGGAAACCAGCUUCCCUCAUCCAUCACAAGCAGUGGCCAUGUGGCCCGUCUUGAGUUCCAGACAGACCACUCCACAGGGAAAAGAGGCUUCAACAUCACUUUUACCACCUUCCGCCACAAUGAGUGCCCAGAUCCUGGUGUUCCAGUGAAUGGAAAGCGGUUUGGAGACAGCCUUCAGCUGGGUAGCUCCAUCUCUUUCCUCUGUGAUGAAGGCUUCCUGGGGACACAGGGCUCGGAGACCAUCACAUGUGUGCUGAAGGAGGGCAGUGUGGUCUGGAACAGUGCAGUCCUGCGCUGCGAAGCUCCCUGUGGCGGCCAUCUGACUUCACCCAGCGGCACCAUCCUCUCACCAGGCUGGCCUGGUUUCUACAAGGACGCCUUGAGCUGUGCCUGGGUGAUUGAAGCCCAGCCUGGCUACCCGAUCAAAAUCACCUUUGACAGAUUUAAAACCGAGGUUAACUAUGACACUCUGGAAGUGCGAGAUGGAAGGACUUAUUCAGCACCCUUGAUUGGGGUUUACCAUGGGACCCAGGUACCCCAGUUCCUUAUCAGCACCAGCAACUACCUCUACCUCCUCUUCUCCACCGACAAGAGCCACUCGGAUAUUGGCUUCCAGCUCCGCUAUGAGACCAUCACCCUGCAGUCGGACCACUGUCUGGACCCAGGGAUCCCCGUCAAUGGGCAGCGCCAUGGCAAUGACUUCUAUGUGGGUGCUCUGGUAACCUUCAGCUGUGACUCUGGCUACACAUUAAGUGAUGGCGAGCCUCUGGAGUGUGAGCCCAAUUUCCAGUGGAGCCGAGCCCUACCCAGCUGUGAAGCUCUCUGUGGUGGCUUCAUUCAAGGUUCAAGUGGGACCAUCUUGUCCCCAGGAUUUCCUGACUUCUACCCCAACAACUUGAACUGCACCUGGAAUAUUGAGACAUCACAUGGCAAGGGUGUGUUCUUUACCUUCCAUACCUUUCACCUGGAGAGUGGCCAUGACUACCUCCUCAUCACUGAGAAUGGCAGCUUUACACAACCCCUGCGACAGCUGACGGGCUCACGCCUGCCAGCCCCCAUCAGUGCUGGCCUCUAUGGGAACUUCACUGCCCAAGUCCGCUUCAUCUCUGACUUCUCCAUGUCCUAUGAAGGAUUCAACAUCACCUUCUCAGAAUAUGACUUGGAGCCCUGUGAGGAGCCUGAGGUCCCAGCCUACAGCAUCCGGAAGGGCUUGCAAUUUGGUGUAGGCGACACCUUGACCUUCUCCUGCUUCCCCGGGUACCGUCUGGAGGGCACCGCCCGAGUCACGUGCCUGGGGGGCAGACGGCGCCUCUGGAGCUCGCCUCUGCCAAGGUGUGUUGCGGAGUGUGGGAAUUCAGUCACGGGCACGCAGGGCACGUUGCUGUCCCCCAACUUUCCUGUGAACUACAAUAACAACCAUGAAUGCAUCUAUUCCAUCCAGACGCAGCCGGGAAAGGGGAUUCAGAUUAAAGCAAGGGCGUUUGAACUCUCUGAAGGCGAUGUCCUCAAGGUAUAUGAUGGCAACAACAACUCUGCCCGUUUGCUGGGGGUGUUCAGCCGCUCGGAGAUGAUGGGGGUGACUUUGAACAGUACAUCCAGCAGUCUCUGGCUUGACUUCAUCACGGAUGCAGAGAACACCAGCAAAGGCUUCGAGCUGCAGUUUUCUAGCUUUGAGCUCAUCAAAUGUGAGGACCCGGGAACGCCUCUAUAUGGCUACAAGGCUCAAGAUGGAGGUCACUUUGCUGGGAGCUCUGUGUCUUUUGGCUGUGAUCCUGGCUACACACUGCGGGGGAGCGAGGAGCUGCAGUGUCUGAGUGGCGAGCGCAGGACCUGGGACCGGCCUCUCCCCACUUGUGUCGCUGAGUGUGGAGGGACAGUGAAAGGAGAGGCAUCAGGGCAGGUGCUAUCCCCUGGAUAUCCAGCUCCCUACGAACACAACCUCAACUGCAUCUGGAUCAUCGAGGCUGAUGCAGGUUGCACCAUUGGGCUCCACUUCCUGGUGUUCGACACAGAGGAGGUCCAUGAUGUGCUGCGCAUCUGGGAUGGACCAGUGGAGAGCGGGGUACUGCUGAAGGAGAUUAGUGGCGGCGUCCUACCCAAGGACCUGCACAGCACCUUCAACUCGGUCGUUCUGCAGUUCAGCACUGACUUCUUCACCAGCAAGCAGGGCUUUGCCAUUCAGUUCUCAGUGUCCACAGCAACAUCCUGCAAUGAUCCAGGGAUCCCACAGAAUGGGAGCCGGAGUGGUGACAGUUGGGAAGCUGGUGACUCCACGGUGUUCCAGUGUGACCCUGGCUAUGCACUGCAGGGAAGCACAGAGAUCAGCUGUGUGAAGAUUGAGAACAGAUUCUUCUGGCAGCCCAGCCCACCGACAUGCAUUGCUCCCUGUGGGGGAGACCUGACUGGGCCAUCAGGAGUUAUCCUGUCACCCAACUACCCAGAACCCUACCCUCCAAGCAAGGAGUGCGACUGGAAAGUGACCGUGUCCCCAGACUACGUCAUCGCUUUGGUGUUUAACAUCUUUAACCUGGAGCCUGGCUAUGACUUCCUGCACAUCUAUGAUGGACGGGAUUCCCUUAGCCCUCUCAUCGGAAGCUUCUACGGCUCCCAACUCCCCAACCGCAUUGAGAGCAGCAGCAACAGCCUCUUUCUAGCCUUCCGCAGUGAUGCAUCAGUGAGCAAUGCCGGCUUUGUCAUUGACUACACCGAAAACCCACGGGAAUCGUGUUUUGAUCCUGGUUCCAUCAAGAACGGCAGUCGAGUGGGGUCUGACCUGAAACUGGGCUCCUCCAUCACCUACUACUGCCACGGGGGCUAUGAGGUGGAGGGUUCUCCCACCCUCAGCUGCAUCCUGGGCCCUGAUGGGAAGCCUGGCUGGAACAAUCCCCGGCCAGUGUGCACAGCCCCCUGUGGCGGACAGUACGUGGGUUCGGAUGGAGUGGUCUUGUCCCCCAGCUACCCUCAGAACUACACCAGUGGACAGACCUGCCUGUAUUUCGUCACUGUCCCCAAGGACUAUGUGGUGUUUGGGCAGUUUGCCUUCUUCCACACAGCGCUCAACGACGUUGUAGAGGUUCAUGACGGCCACAGCCAGCACUCCCGGCUCCUCAGCUCCCUCUCAGGAUCCCAUACAGGAGAAUCACUGCCCUUGGCCACCUCCAAUCAAGUGCUAAUUAAGUUCAGCGCCAAAGGCCCAUCACCAGCUAGAGGCUUCCAUUUUGUCUACCAAGCUGUGCCUCGAACCAGUGCCACACAGUGCAGCUCCGUGCCUGAACCCCGCUAUGGAAAGAGGCUGGGCAGUGACUUCUCCGUGGGGGCCAUCGUCCGCUUCGAAUGCAAUUCUGGCUACGCCUUGCAGGGUUCUCCCGAGAUCGAGUGCCUCCCAAUUCCUGGGGCCUUGGCACAGUGGAAUGUCUCAGCACCCACAUGUGUGGUGCCAUGUGGGGGCAACCUCACAGAGCGCAGGGGCACCAUCCUGUCCCCCGGCUUCCCGGAGCCCUACCUCAACAGCCUCAACUGUGUGUGGAAGAUCGUGGUCCCUGAAGGUGCCGGCAUCCAGAUUCAAGUCAUCAGCUUUGUCACCGAGCAGAACUGGGACUCUCUGGAGGUAUUUGAUGGUGCAGAUAACACUGUGACAAUGCUGGGGAGUUUCUCAGGGACCACCGUGCCUGCCCUUCUGAACAGCACCUCCAACCAGCUCUACCUGCAUUUCUACUCAGACAUCAGCGUGUCAGCUGCCGGCUUCCACUUGGAGUACAAAACCGUAGGCCUGAGUAGCUGUCCUGAGCCUGCUGUGCCCAGUAACGGGGUGAAGACUGGCGAACGCUACCUGGUGAAUGAUGUAGUUUCCUUCCAGUGUGAGCCAGGAUAUGCCCUCCAGGGUCACGCUCAUAUCUCCUGCAUGCCUGGGACUGUGCGGCGCUGGAACUACCCUCCUCCACUCUGCAUCGCACAAUGUGGAGGAGCAGUAGAAGAGAUGGAGGGGGUGAUCCUGAGUCCCGGCUUCCCAGGAAACUACCCCAGUAACAUGGACUGCUCCUGGAAAAUCGCCUUGCCCGUGGGCUUUGGAGCUCACAUCCAGUUCCUGAACUUCUCCACUGAGCCCAAUCAUGACUACAUAGAAAUCCGAAAUGGCCCCUAUGAGACCAGCCGUAUGAUGGGCAGAUUCAGUGGCAGUGAACUGCCCGGCUCCUUGCUCUCCACAUCCCAUGAGACCACCAUCUAUUUCCACAGUGACCACUCCCAGAACCGUCCUGGAUUCAAGAUGGAGUAUCAAGCCUAUGAACUUCAAGAAUGCCCAGAUCCAGAACCCUUUGCCAAUGGCAUUGUGAGGGGAGCUGGCUACAAUGUUGGACAAUCUGUGACCUUUGAGUGUCUUCCUGGAUACCAACUAACUGGUCACCCUGUCCUUACAUGUCAACAUGGCACCAACCGGAACUGGGACCACCCCUUGCCCAGGUGUGAAGUUCCCUGUGGUGGGAACAUCACUGCUUUCAAUGGCACCGUGUACUCCCCUGGAUUUCCCAGUCCCUACUCCAGCUCACAGGACUGUGUCUGGCUCAUCACUGUGCCCUUUGGUCAUGGUAUCUUCCUCAACCUCAGCCUGCUGCAGACAGAGCCUUCUGGAGACUACAUUACUGUGUGGGAUGGUCCACAGAAGACUGCACCACAGCUUGUGGUCUUCACCCGGAGCCUGGUCAAGAAAACAGCACACAGCUCUUCCAACCAGGUCCUGCUCAAGUUUCACCGGGACACAGCCACAGGCGGGAUCUUUGCUAUAGCCUUCUCAGCAUAUCCACUCACCAAAUGCCCUCCUCCCACCAUCCUCCCCAAUGCUGAAGUCGUCACAGAGAAUGAAGAAUUCAACAUAGGUGACAUUGUACGCUACAGGUGCCUGCCUGGUUUUACCUUGGUGGGGAAUGAAAUCCUGACCUGCAAGCUUGGAACUUAUCUGCAGUUUGAAGGCCCUCCUCCAAUAUGUGAAGUGCACUGCCCAACGAAUGAGCUUCUAACCGACUCCACGGGUGUGAUCUUAAGUCAGAGCUAUCCUGGAAGUUAUCCCCAGUUUCAGACCUGCUCCUGGUUGGUUCGAGUGGAGCCUGAUUACAACAUCUCCGUCACAGUGGAGUACUUUCUCAGUGAGAAACAAUAUGAUGAGUUUGAGAUCUUUGAUGGCCCUUCAGGACAGAGCCCACUGCUGAAAGCCCUCAGUGGAAAUUACUCAGCUCCCCUGAUUGUCACUAGCUCCAGCAAUGCUGUGUAUCUGCGCUGGUCCUCUGACCAUGCUUACAACCGGAAGGGCUUUAAGAUUCGAUAUUCAGCUCCCUACUGCAGCCUUCCCAGAGCUCCACUCCACGGCUUCCUUCUGGGUCAGACCAGUACCCAGCCUGGAGGCUCCAUCCACUUUGGCUGCAACGCCGGCUACCGCUUGGUGGGACACAGCAUGGCCAUUUGUACCCGGCAUCCCCAAGGCUACCACCUGUGGAGUGAGGCCAUUCCUCUCUGUCAAGCUCUUUCCUGUGGACUUCCUGAGGCCCCUAAGAAUGGGAUGGUGUUUGGCAAAGAGUAUACAGUGGGGACCAAGGCUGUCUACAGCUGCAAUGAAGGCUACCACCUUCAAGCUGAUGCCGAAGCCACAGCUGAGUGUCUGGAGACAGGACUCUGGAGUAACCACAACAUCCCUCCACAGUGUGUCCCUGUCACCUGUCCAGACAUCAGCAGCAUCAGCGUGGAGCAUGGACGGUGGAGGCUCAUCUUUGAGACACAGUAUCAGUUCCAGGCCCAGCUGAUGCUCAUCUGUGACCCAGGCUACUACUACACUGGCCAAAGAGUCAUUCGCUGUCAGGCCAACGGCAAAUGGAGCCUUGGGGACUCUAUGCCCACCUGUGAAAUAAUCUCCUGUGGUGAGCUCCCCGUCCCACCCAGCGCACAUCGCAUCGGAACUCUGUCUAUCUACGGGGCAACCGCCAUCUUCUCCUGCAACUCUGGGUAUACGCUGGUGGGCUCCCGGGUGCGGGAGUGCAUGGCCAAUGGGCUUUGGAGUGGCUCUGAAGUUCGCUGCCUUGCUGGACACUGUGGCACUCCUGAGCCCAUAGUCAACGGGCACAUCAAUGGGGAGAACUUCAACUACCGGGGCAGCGUGGUCUAUCAGUGCAAUGCAGGCUUCCGCCUCAUCGGCAUGUCCGUGAGAAUCUGCCAGCAGGACCACCACUGGUCGGGCAAGACCCCUUUCUGUGUGCCAAUUACCUGUGGACACCCAGGCAACCCCAUCAAUGGUCUCACUCAGGGUAACCAGUUUAACCUCAACGAUGUGGUCAAGUUUGUUUGCAAUCCUGGGUAUGUGGCUGAGGGAGCCGCAAGAUCUCAGUGCCUGGCCAGUGGGCAGUGGAGUGACGUGCUACCUACCUGCAGAAUCAUCAACUGCACUGAUCCUGGGCACCAAGAAAACAGUGUUCGUCAAGUCCAUGCCAGUGGCCCACACAGAUUCAGCUUUGGCACCACUGUUUCUUACCAAUGCAACCAUGGCUUCUACCUCCUGGGCACCCCCCUCCUCAGUUGCCAGGGUGAUGGCACAUGGGACCGUCCCCAUCCCCAAUGUCUUUUGGUUUCCUGUGGUCAUCCGGGCUCUCCACCCCAUUCCCAGAUGUCAGGGGACAGCUACACCGUGGGAGCGGUUGUGCGUUACAGCUGCACAGGCAGGCGGACUCUGGUGGGAAACGCCACACGCAUGUGUGGCCUGGAUGGACGCUGGACUGGUUCCCUCCCCCACUGCUCAGGUACCAGCGUGGGAGUGUGUGGUGAUCCUGGAAUUCCAGCCCAUGGCAUACGACUUGGGGAUAGCUUUGCUCUGGGCAGUCUGAUGCGCUUUAGCUGUGAAGCUGGUCAUACACUUCGGGGAUCGUCAGAGAGAACCUGCCAAGCCAACGGAUCCUGGACUGGCACACAGCCUGAGUGUGGAGUGAUCUCUUGUGGCAACCCCGGGACUCCAAGCAAUGCCCAAGUCCUGUUCAGCGACGGCCUGGUUUUCUCCAGCUCCAUCGUCUAUGAGUGUCGGGAAGGCUACUACGCCACAGGCCUACUCAGCCGACACUGCUCAGUCAAUGGCACCUGGACAGGCAGUGACCCUGAAUGCAUGGUAAUAAACUGUGGUGACCCUGGGAUCCCAGCCAAUGGCCUCCGGCUGGGCCAUGACUUCCGGUACAACAGAACCGUCACCUACCAGUGUGUCCCCGGCUAUAUGAUGGAGUCACACCGAGUAUCAGUACUCAGCUGCACCAAAGACCGUACAUGGAAUGGGACCAAGCCAGUCUGCAAAGCUAUCAUGUGCAAGCCACCCCAGCCCAUCCCCAAUGGGAAAGUGGUGGGGUCCGACUUCAUGUGGGGCUCCAGUGUGACUUAUGCCUGCCUAGAAGGGUACCAGCUCUCCCUGCCUGCUGUGCUCACCUGUGAGGGAAAUGGCUCCUGGACCGGAGAACUGCCUCAGUGUUUCCCUGUGUUCUGCGGAGACCCAGGGGUCCCACCCCAUGGGAGGAGAGAGGACCGAGGUUUCUCCUACAGGUCAUCUGUCUCCUUUUCUUGCCAACCCCCUUUGGUACUGGUGGGAUCCCCGAGGAGGUUCUGCCAAUCAGAUGGAACCUGGAGUGGCACUCAGCCCAGCUGUAUAGACCCAACGCUGACCACAUGUGCGGACCCCGGCAUGCCACAGUUUGGGAUCCAGAACAAUUCCCAGGGCUACCAGGUUGGGAGCACGGUGCUCUUCCAGUGUCACAAAGGUUACCUGCUUCAGGGCUCCACCACCAGGACCUGCCUUCCCAACCUCACCUGGAGUGGAGCCCCCCCUGACUGUGUCCCUCAUCACUGCAGGCAGCCAGAGACACCAACCCAUGCCAAUGUCGGGGCUCUGGACUUGCCCUCCAUGGGCUACACUCUCAUCUAUUCCUGCCAGGAGGGCUUCUCUCUCAAGGGAGGCUCUGAACACCGCACUUGCAAAGCCGAUGGCAGCUGGACAGGCAAACCUCCCAUCUGCCUGGAGGUCCGGCCCAGUGGGAGACCCAUCAACACAGCCCGGGAACCACCGCUCACUCAAGCCUCGGUUCCCGGGGAUGUUUUUGCCAAGAAUUCCCUAUGGAAAGGAGCCUAUGAGUACCAGGGGAAGAAGCAGCCAGCCAUGCUCAGAGUGACCAGUUUUCAGGUUUCCAACAGCAAAGUCAACGCCACCAUGAUUGACCACAGCGGUGUGGAGGUGCAUUUGGCUGGAAUUUACAAGAAAGAAGAUUUCCAUCUCCUACUCCAGGUGUACCAGAUCACAGGCCCUGUGGAGAUCUUUGUGAAUAAGUUCAAAGAUGAUCACUGGGCUUUGGAUGGACAUGUCUCCUCAGAGUCCUCCGGCGGCACCUUUGUGUAUCAAGGCUCUGUCAGAGGCCAGGGCUUCGGGCAGUUCGGCUUCCAAAGACUUGACCUCCGGUUGCUGGAAUCUGACCCUGAGUCCAUCGGCCGCCACUUUGCUUCCAAUAGCAGCUCCGUGGCAGCUGCCAUCCUGGUGCCUUUCAUCGCCCUCAUCAUUGCUGGCUUUGUGCUCUAUCUUUACAAGCACAGGAGAAGACCCAAGGUUCCAUUUAAUGGCUAUGCGGGCCAUGAGAACACCAGCGUCCGGGCCACAUUUGAGAAUCCAAUGUACGACCGCAACAUCCAGCCCACAGACAUCAUGGCCUCCGAGGCAGAGUUCACCGUCAGCACCGUGUGCACCGCCGUAUAGCCCCCAAGUCUGGCUGCCACCGCCGCCACCGAGGGCCCCACCUCAGGCAGCCGUUCUCCAGGGGACAGGACACCAGCGCUCCUGAGCCCAGUGCCCAGUGCUCAUCUUUGUCUCUCUUCACCUGUGUCUGCUCCCUGGGACUUGGGCCUCUCCUGGCCACCAUCUGCACCUAUUGCCUGGAAAAGAAGCCCCAAUGGGCCCCAACUUUGGGCAGCCAAGGACGGAGGGUUUUUGAAGCAGAAGGAAGCUUAUGGAUUUGAAACCACAGAGCGUUUCAUGGAUGUCCUCAUGUGUGUACAUGAGCCUGGGUACACGCAUGCACACACAUAUGCGCGCACACACACAGACACCUUCUUCACUUGAGACCUGAGGCAGAACCAUAGAAGCUUCCAUAAAGAAGAUGCUUCCAGCCCGGCUUCCAACAAUUCAGAGACGAGGAGAAGAGGCAACAGCUUGAGCUAUAAGCAUUUACUGCCCAUGCGAUGUGAGGGCCCAGAUUGUGAAAAUGAAUGGAACCAUCUGCAAAAGUAUGGCAAGAUUAAUCAGGGACAGAGAAACUAUCUUAAGGAAGUUGGGAAAUCUUUUUUUUUCCCCAAAAAAAGAAUGAUACUAUAUUCAGAACCGAGGAAACUAAAAUUUUAUUUUGGGCCCUGUCAGAAUUGGGAAGGGAUGACAAGUGGUAGGAGUUUAGAGCAGAAUUCUAAGUGUGUAGCCCUGCCAGUCAUCUGGCAUCAGGUUGGGGCUGGAAGGAAGUCUAGUGUCCCUCAGUGUCCACAAAUUCUCGGGUUUUGAAUCUCUCUACUGAAUCUGCCAGUUAAGUAGGCCAUUUCUAGACUUCAGCAACUUCUAAAGACAGGAAUCAUUAUUCCCAUUUUAUUGAUGAGAAAACAGAAUCCCAGAGAAGUGAGGCACCUAGCAGGGAGUCAAGGUGCAAGCCCAGAUCUGCCUCUCUCCAAAGAGUAGGUAGGACCAGAUGCAGCCAGAAGCCCAGCCCCAGCACGGCUCCAUGUGUCAAUAAGAGGGUGAGUCUCACUGCACACCAGUUGCCCAGGCUUCUGGGUCGACCACUCAGAGAACCCGUGUGCCCUCUCCAAAUUGUGUUCACUCCACCCAGGGCAGCACAGGGCAGGAACCCAGUUCCCUGAUCCCCCUGCAGCUCCAUAACAUUCCAUCCUAGGAUCUGAGAGCAUCUGGAUGGAAAGAAGGGAGCAAAUGUUACUCUGCUCCAGCUCGCAGCAAGUGAGUUUGAUUUAUUUUGAGUUUCACUGUGCUUUGAGUGAUGAACUCAAGUACUGUUGGGUUAGAGCCCCCCUCUGUGCCUGUGGAAACACUGGCCUCAGAGUUCUUGUCACCCCGAUGAAGAUAAAGAUUGGCCAGAGUUAAGUGGAGGGUCUGUGUCCAGCAACUGCA